AUGACUCACUCGUCAUGCUCAUCGUCCUCGCCUUCUACCAGCAAAGGCGGAAAAGGCGACAAAAUGAAGAAGGCGGAGGAUCAACAGAGCAUAGCAUCAUCAUCGACUGAAGCUCCGUAUGAGCUGAAGAAACCGAAAAGCGAUCACCCGGGCAAAGAUGCAAAGGAUCAAGAUUUAAACAGUGCGCCUGGUGUACGGCCAUACGGCUCCAAUGGCGACCUGCUGGACAGUUUUUCGCGUUCGUCCAUUCAGCACGAUGCAGACAGUAUUCGAGAGGAUGCUGAACAGCAGCCUCGCGCUUCCAGUCGACUUUCGCGAGCCUUGAGCCGGAGUGCAUCCCGAUCAAGCUGGAGCCCUGGUCCCCCGCCAGAUGGAGGCCUAGAGGCGUGGCUCGUCGUGCUAGGUGCGCACUUUGUGAAUUUCAACUGCUGGGGUUUCAUCAAUUCGUUUGGCGUCUUCCAGCCGUACUACGUGGACCUCCUCGGCCGGCCGCCGUCGGACAUUGCAUGGAUCGGGUCGAUACAGACGUUCCUCGUCCUCUUCAUUGGGGCCUUUACCGGGCGGCUCACCGACAUGGGCUACUUUCGGGCUCUCUUCAUCACAGGAACCGUCUUCAUGAUGACGGGCAUCUUCACGACGGCCCAAGGCUCGCAGUACUGGCACUUUCUGCUGUCGCACGGCAUCUGCAUGGGCAUCGGCUACGGGUGCCUCUUUUGCCCGGUCGUCGCCGUCACGAGCACCUGGUUUGCCAAGAAGAGGUCGACUGCCAUGGGCAUCGUCGCCUCUUCCACCGGCACCGGCGGCCUGGUCUUUCCUAUCAUGGUGCGGCAGCUCCUGCCCGCAGUGGGCUUUUCCUGGACCAUGCGCGCCGUCGGCUUCGUGCAGGUGGCGACGUUGCUCAUCUCGGCUUUCAUCAUCAAGACAAGGGUUCCUCCCCGGAGGCAGGGGUCGUUCCUGGAUUUAUCUGCCUUCAAGGAGCUGCAGUACACCUUUUAUAUCAUCGGCGCGUUCUUUGCCUUCCUGGGCGUCUUCGUCAUCUUCAUUUUUGUCGUCUCUUACAGCCGCGACAUCAUCGGGCUCUCGUACACAAACGCGCUGAACCUUAUGAUGGUUCUCAACGGCGCCGGCGUCCCCGGCCGACUCGUACCAAACUACCUGGCCGACCGCCUCGGGGUCAUCAACAUGUUUAUAAUCUUCGCCACCGUCUCGGGCAUCUGCGGCCUUUCCUGGAUGGCUGUCAAGACGGUACCGGCCGUAUAUCCCUGGACGCUCUUCUUUGGCUUUUUCGCCGGCGGCAUACAGAGCCUGUUCCCGGCCGGCGCGUCUGCCUUGGCUCCGGACCUGCGCAAGAGGGGAGUGCGCAUCGGCAUGGCCUUUAGCUGCGUCAGCAUCGCGGCGCUGAUCGGGUCGCCGAUUGCGGGCGCCCUCAUCUCCGCCAUGAAGGGAAGCUACCUUGCCGCUCAGGUAUUUGUGGGAGGCUCGCUGUUGAUGGGUAGUGGGUUCCUCGUCGUGAGUAACAUUAUGGCCGGCAGGGAGAUGGGGAUUAAGGGACUUCCAAAGGUUUGA